GCCCUGCCUGCAGACCCCGGAAGUAUCAACAUCUGCUUCAGACGCAACUAUUUUUCCCCAGAGAGAAUACGUCUGUCACCUGUGUGCCAGGAGGAGCCAGUGGUGCUGCUUCGAAAGCGAAAGCACCUUGACCGAAUCAGUGUGCUGUUUAUUUUUCUUUCAAACCAAGGAAUUUAGAUUUCAAACUUUUGCGUUUGUUUGUUUAAAGGCAAGCAGUAUCUUUGGAUUUUUGGUUUUGAGAAACUCGAAAGGCUCCCUCUCCCUGGACUGGGAAUUGCUUAAAGAGGACCGUGAUUGUCUUCUGGAUCCUCUCGAUUGGGUAAAACCAACAGCGUCAAGCAAAGAAUUGGGAAGCAAAGGGAAAUUAUGAAGGAAUAAAGUUACCUUCAUCUGCAAGAAGGAGAGCAUCCCAUGGCCAAGAGAGUCGCAGUGAUUGGAGCUGGGGUGAGCGGCCUGUCCUCCAUCAAAUGCUGCUUGGAUGAGGAGCUGGAGCCCACCUGCUUUGAGAGAAGCGAUAACUUCGGGGGACUCUGGAAGUUUUCAGAAGAUUCCAAGGAUGGAAUGACCAGGGUCUACAGAUCAUUAGUGACCAAUGUCUGCAAGGAAAUGUCAUGCUAUAGUGACUUUCCCUUCCGAGAAGAUUAUCCCAAUUUCAUGAGCCAUGGGAAAUUUUGGGACUAUCUCCAAGAAUUUGCUGAGCACUUUGGUCUCCUCAAAUACAUUCAUUUUAAGACUACUGUGUGCAGUGUAACAAAGUGUCCAGACUUCUCUGAAACUGGGCAGUGGAAUGUUGUCACAGAGACAGAGGGCAAGCACACCAGUGCUGUCUUUGAUGCUGUCAUGAUUUGCACUGGACAUUUCCUGAGUCCCCACUUACCUUUGGAGUCCUUCCCAGGAAUCCAUAAGUUUAAAGGGCAGAUCCUGCACAGUCAAGAGUACCGGACCCCGGAAGCCUUUCGGGACAAACGCGUCUUGGUGAUCGGCCUUGGGAACACGGGAGGGGACAUCGCCGUGGAGCUCAGCCGCACAGCAGCGCAGGUAUUUCUUAGUACCAGAAGUGACAUCUGGGUUAACGGCCGCUCUUCCAAUGGGGGAUACCCUCAGAACAUGAUGAAAACACGAAGAUGCAAUAAUUUAUUUGCACAAGUUGUGCCUUCAUGUGUCCUAAACUGGACCCAAGAGAGGCAGAUGAAUAAAAGAUUUAACCAUGAGAAUUAUGGAUUAAGUAUUACAAAGAGGAAAAAGAAGAAAGUUAUUAUGAACGAUGAGCUGCCAACCUGCAUCCUCUGUGGGACAGUCACUGUGAAAAGCAGCGUAAAGGAGUUCACAGAGACCUCUGCAGUCUUUGAAGAUGGGACAGCGGAAGCAAAUGUCGAUAUUGUGAUCUUCGCUACAGGAUAUACAUUUUCUUUUCCGUUUCUUGAAGAACCUCUCAGAAGUCUUUGUACAAAAAAGAUAUUCCUAUACAAGCUGGUCUUUCCCCCAACUCUGGAAAAAACGACAUUAGCCAUCAUUGGCCUUAUCAGCCUUACUGGGUCCAUCCUAGCAGGCACAGAGCUCCAAGCGCGGUGGGCCACAAGAGUCUUCAAAGGACUCUGCAAGAUACCUCCAUCCCAGAAACUGAUGGCCACGGGGGUUAGAAAGGAGCAGCUCAUUAAAAGGGGUGUGAUUAAAGACACCAGUCAAGACAAACUCAACUACAUCUGCUACAUGGAUGAGCUGGCUGCAUGCAUAGGCGCAAAGCCCAACAUCCCAUUUCUGUUCCUCAAGGAUCCCAGACUAGCCUGGGAAGUGUUCUUUGGACCAUGUACCCCUUACCAGUACCGCCUAGUGGGCCCUGGAAAAUGGGAUGGAGCCAGAAGCGCCAUCCUGACCCAGUGGGACAGGACUAUGAAACCUUUAAAAACUCGAGUUGUUGCUGAUUCCUCCCAGCCCGCCUCCCUGUCACAUUCUUUUAAAGUUUGGGGGGUGUCUAUCCUAGUUGCCUCUCUUCUACUUAUCUGUAAAUCUUCACUUUUUAACUUUGUGCGAGGUAAACUCUUAAGAUAGAAUUGGCUGUAUGAUCCAGUCGGUUAACUUUCAAAAUACAGGUAAUGAAUGCUCAGGUAAGGAGGUCUCCUGUGAUUGUGUCUUCACAUGUCUUCUAGGUUCUGCACCUCUUAGGGCACGAGAAGAAGCAGCCUGACUCCAAGGCAGUUUCAUAAGGCAAUGUAACUGAUAGGUUAUGGCCCUAGUAAGAAUUGCUGAAUUAUGAUGGUGGUCAUCUAAUAUGGCUGAAGCC